UUGAGGCUUUAGUGAGAGUACUGCGACUACUGUCGCGGGGAUGGUGAAGUAGUGGUUCAGUGGGGUAAGGUGUGCGUAAGGGAGGUCGUGAGAAGAAUAUCUUGCUAGUGAGUGUGGGGCUAGUUUCACUACUUUGGUGGUUCUCUUCUACCUUUGGUGAUUGAAGCUCGUGCUUUUAGGAGCUUUGGGUCGUGUGGAUGAGUGGUGAGGUCCGUGGGCUUGGGUCGCAGCUGGGAGUAUGUGUGUGGGAUACCUUGGACUUAGAUGUUUUUUGGAUGGUGACUGCUUGUGGUCGAGUUUCAAGGGCAGUGUUGGAGUUGGUUGGCCGCACAUUGUGUCCUCGCGCAGGCGCUUAGUUCACUCGAUUGCGUUGCGUGGUUGGGAGGCUCCUCGCCUUCGCGCACCUGCUCUAUUUUCGUGCUAGGGGUUCGGAGAAGGGCGCAAGCGGCUCCAGUGGUGUGGGAUUAGCAUGCAUAUGGAAAGGUAGUAAGGCUCACAACCUUUGAUCAGUUGGGCCUUGCAUUCCGGUUGCGGAGGAAGGUUGUGCUAAGGACAGAGGUGGUUAAGUAGGUCUUCUACUUUCCGGGAGGGAGAGAACGAGUGAGAGAGGAGAUUCAGCACGCCGUUGCUGCUUCUCUCUCCCUCCUUUUCUUCGGACGGUAGGAGAGAGGGCGGGAGGCAGCGCUCUACAGUGACAACUUCGUCAUUUGACAUUGCCUCCCUCUUCUCUCUAGUCCCUUAGCUCUCGGUUUCACUUUGUUUUUGCUUUCUUCGUCUACUACCUCUACUUGCAGUCCUUCUUAUUAUACCUCCUCAACAUGCUUACAAUAACUCCAGCAUCUUACACUUUGACUGGUUAGUUUCGGUCGUAUCCGGAAACACCUGAACUGUCUUCUGCAUGCCCACGUGCCAUUCUGAGGUGGAAGCAGAAAACGAGUUUCAAGAAGCUAAGCUUUGCAGGAGUUACAUCUCGUAGACGAGUUGUUGCUAUAUAUGUUGCAUCUGGUAAGGUCGUACGCUGUCUGUCGGCCACCGCUAAGCAGUACUGCCACUAGUGGACACUUCUGUCCAUACACAGCACACGUUGUCACGAAGUAGGUCUUGUGAGGUCGACAUCGAAGCUUGCGCCACUCCUGAGAAAGUGCUGUGCUCACAGUGCGCCAAGUCAAGCACAGCGUCCGAAGUCAAAUCCCAGAAUCUGUGGGACUGGAGUGCACGGUUCUACCUUGGCAGCUGCUAGGUGACACGGAACCAAAGGAAGAACCUUCACUGCACAAGUUCAUGCAAGUACAUGAGUAAAAUUCAACGCUCCCUCAGAUCAUCUGCCAAACAAGACCUAUCAUAGUUAGACGAACACUCUCACAGCUCCUGUAACUAUCGUAAUAGGUCGGUGUCGAGGUAACCCCCCUGCACCUCAGAAAUAACGUAGGAAAGGAUUAUGAUGAGAGUAAUGGAGGAAUGCAGCAGCUAAUAGUAGGGUAGGAAAGCUUGAGGACGUAGACGGUGUGGCAGCCGGAUGAGGCUUGGAGGCGUCACCGUGCAAGUACCUCCGAACGGCAAUCUGGGCAAUCUGGGGAGGAGUUUUGGGGAGCUGGGUGGCAUGCCCGCUGGAGCGAUGGCCCCCCCUCGCCAGAUACCUCCUUUAGCCAUGCCUCGUCCACCUCCGAAACACUACUCGUCCCCGUCCUUGUCAUUAGGACCCCCUACGGGUCUAGAUGGGCAAAGAGAGGUUAGUCAGACUGCAGAUAACGAGCAGCAGCAGAAGAAUAAGGAGGAGUACGAGUCACGCUCGGGCAGUGACAACAUGGAGGGAGGUUCAGGGGACGAGGACCCGGACAAUAAUCACCCUCGCAAGAAGAGGUAUCAUCGACACACCCCGCGACAGAUCCAGGAAAUGGAGAUGCUUUUUAAAGAGUGUCCGCAUCCUGACGACAAGCAGCGCCAGCAGCUUAGCAGGGACCUGGGUCUGGAGCCCAGGCAGGUCAAGUUUUGGUUCCAGAACAGACGCACUCAGAUGAAGGCGCAGACUGAGCGCGCAGAGAAUUCCAUGCUGCGAUCCGAGAAUGAGAAGCUGCGGUCCGAGAACUUGAUCAUGCGGGAGGCGCUGAAGAAUCCCCAGUGCCCACAUUGUGGUGGCCCGGCCACAGUGGGCGAAAUGACUUUUGACGAGCAGCAGCUUCGCAUUGAGAACGUGAGGCUUAAGGAAGAACUAGAUCGGGUUUCGGCUCUUGCCGCUAAGUACUUGGGCCGGCCAAUCACUCCCAUGGCUCCUUUGGCACUGCCGAGCUCCUCCCUGGAUCUUCAGGUAGGAGGUGGUAGUAGCUUUGGCGGUAUGCACCCGGCACCUGGAAACCUUGACGUUGUGGCGGGUCCAAGCGUUGCGGAUGUGGCGACGAGGCCCGGAGGAUUGACCGAGGCCGAGAAGCCGAUGGUGGUGGAACUGGCGGUGACGGCAAUGGAAGAGCUAGUGCGCAUGGCACAAACGGAGGAGCCGCUGUGGGUAAAUAUGGGUGAAGUCGGGAAGGAGCAGCUGAACUACGAAGAGUACAUGCGGCAGUUCCCACGGGGUAUCGGGAUGUGUCCCCCGGGUCUGAAAACGGAAGCGACUCGCGAGACGGCACUGGUGAUGAUGAACGGCGUGAAUUUGGUAGAGACGCUCAUGGACGCGACGCAGUGGAUGGAUAUGUUCCCCUGUAUAGUGUCGCGGGCGCUGACUGUCGAUGUGCUGGCGACGGGUGUGACGGGGAAUCGCAACGGUGCAUUGCAGCUGAUGUAUGCGGAGCUGCAGGUGCUGUCGCCGCUGGUGCCGACUCGAGAGAUUUACUUCUUGCGGUACUGCAAGCAGCACGCGGAAGGCGUGUGGGCAGUGGUGGACGUCUCGGUGGACUCUCUGCGAGACAAUCCACCCCCGUCGCUGAUGAGGUGUCGGCGGAGGCCAUCGGGGGUACUAAUCCAGGACACUCCGAACGGUUAUGCGAAGGUGACGUGCGUGGAACACAUGGAGUACGACGACCGUGCCGUGCAUCGCAUGUACCGGGAUCUAGUGAACACCGGUAUGGCAUUCGGUGCUCAAAGAUGGUUGGCCACACUGCAGCGGCAAUGUGAGAGGUUGGCCAGCCUGCUGGCUAGCAACAUUGCAUCCCGAGAUUUGGGCGGGGUGCCAAGUGCGAGUGGGCGACGGAGCAUGUUGAAGCUGGCGCAGAGGAUGACGAACAAUUUCUGUGCGGGAGUGAGUGCAUCGACGGUGCACACAUGGACGACAUUGUCUGGGAGCGGGGAUGACGAUGUGCGGGUAAUGACCCGGAAGAGCGUGGACAAUCCGGGAGAGCCUCACGGCAUUGUGCUGAGCGCGGCCACAUCGAUGUGGCUGCCGGUUUCGCCGGCGCGAGUGUUCCAAUUUCUGCGAGACGAGCGGCUGAGGAGUGAGUGGGACAUCUUGUCGAACGGUGGAAUGGUGACGGAGAUGGCGCACAUUGCCAAGGGUCAGGACCCUGGAAACAGCGUGUCGUUGCUUCGGGUGAAUGCGAUGAAUUCAAGCCAGAGCAAUAUGUUGAUACUGCAAGAGAGCUGCACGGAUGUGUCAGGUUCACUGGUGAUAUACGCGCCGGUAGACAUUCCGGCGAUGAAUUUGGUGUUGCAAGGGGGCGAUCCGGCGUACGUAGCGCUGCUGCCAUCCGGGUUCGCUAUUCUUCCCGACGGUCCAGGAGGCGACAGAGGGGCCCUGGGAAAUGAGCAAGGCGGGCAACUGACCGAGAUCGGUCGUGGAACUGGGUCGUUGUUGACAGUGGCAUUCCAGAUUCUCGUGAGCAGCAUUCCAUCGGCGCGGCUGUCUCUGGAGUCGGUGGCUACGGUGAAUAAUUUGAUAUCAUGCACGGUGCAGCGGAUCAGGUCGGCAUUGUUGGUGGAGGAUGCAUAGGGAGGGUUAUGCAUGGUCAGCAGCAGCGCGGUCUUUUCCCUUUUGGAGGUCAUGGAGGGGUGGAGGUUCUGCUCGUCCGCCACGCGCAGUGAGAUACGAAUUGCAGCGAGUCCCGCUAGAAUGAGAGAAUUAUGGUAAAUCAGAGCGGUCUUUCACUUGUUGCUAUGGGCGAGGUAGAUCUGAGUACAAACGGCAGGUGGAAUGGGUUGAUUGAGGAGCCUUCAAGAUUGUGUGUACACUCACAUUGAGCGUGGUCUUGAGCGCUCCUCAGGAGGGAGAAGGAGGUGAGGAGCAGGUCAACAACAACUACAACAACACCGAAAUGGGCGAAUCGAAGAAAGACCGGACGCCAUUUUAGCGAUUCAUUGGCACAUACGGAUAUACAGACACGGAUUAGAGGUAGGAAAUGAGUCAAGAGCGAACCACCACCGAUGGCCCUCUCUGCGUGGUUCAUGGUGUAGUCCUUGAACUUUGUAGCUAUAAAGAAAGCCUGAACUGGCGAUCUUUUCUUUGAAGCCAUGAUUCUUUUAAAGUUGUUCAGGAUUAAGAGCUUGAAUGCGCGGUCGUGGUCAGACCUUUCAUGAACCUGCACACUAGCCUCAGUACAUGUGGUGCACCACGUAUAGCCAAGGGUAGUGGUUCGGGUGUUGACUUACCUUCGACCUCCCCUCCCUCCCUUCUCCUCUUUCAUUUCUUACAGCAUUCAACAUUGCUCAUCCGAUCCUGUCUUUGACAGCUCUGUGGAUUUUGGACCCUUGCAAUCAGCUUGUCAAUGCUAUGCAUUUAACUCCC